AUGGUCGUCAAUCGAGGCGUGGAAGAAGUUCCUAUCCCCGCCGGCUUCCAGAAACCACAAAUCCAAAUCGUUGUCAUUAUCAAAGAUGACCACUGCUUGUACAGCACACUCGAUUACCGUCGGAACCUCUUGCUCGUAGCUUCUGUCAUAUAUACCAUUCGCACGCCUGAACCUGAAGCGUCACAGAUGGUCGUUCUCCCCAAGACUCAGGUGCUGAACAGUACAACGUUCAAAGCACCUCAUCUCGAAGACGAGUCUCUCUUGCUUCCCGAACUCUAUGACUGGCAACGCACUCAGAGUCCUAAUCACCCCCUAUUCAUCUACGACGAGGCGCCUGGAAAGUUGAAGACUAUUUACUGGGCCGAAGCCGUUCAGGGUAUUCACCGAGCAGCUCAUUUCGUCGCGUCUCUCUUCCCCUCGUCUGUCUCUCAGGAUGCUAUCGAUGGCAAAUCCGUGACUAUUGGGACUUUGGCAGCAUCCGAUACCGUAACGUAUUUCUCCGCAGAAGUCGGAAUCAUGCGUGCUGGCUUUGGAGUCUUUCCUAUCUCGCCUCGCAACUCACCAGAGGCAAUUGCGCACCUGCUGAAGCAGACGGGGACCAAAUAUCUUAUGGUCGGGAAGGAGCCCAUGCUACAAAAGCUUGCUGCCGCCACGCUCGAGAUCUUGAGAAGACCUGAUGGCAAGAGCGAGAGUUUCGAUGUGACCUUGCUUGAUAUGCCCGUGUUCGAGGACAUAUAUCCGGCCAAUGCAUCCAGCGAACAAGAGAGGAUGUAUCCUGCUAUCCGAUAUGAUCCACAGUCUAUUGCUCUUAUUCUCCACUCUUCCGGUUCUACGGCAUUCCCGAAGCCCAUCCGAUGGUCGCACAGAAACCUCGUCACUUUGACCUAUGUCCCUUGGUACGGCGAAAUGGACCUUUGUGGCCAUGUCAUGUCUUGUCACGCAAUGCCCGUGUUUCACGGUAUGGGUCUCCUCCAACUGGCGCUCGUGGUCUCAUCCGGUGUGUCCAUGGCGGUGUUCAAGCCACAGUUUCCCGCCGUGCUUCCCAAUCCUCAGAACGUGCUUGAGGGAAUGAUGGUCUCGAAGUGUACCCUAGGAGCUUCAGCGCCCACAUUCUUGGAGGUCUGGUCACAUAACCCGGAAGCCGUAAAAUUCUUGGGCGGUAUGGAGGCGCUCAUGUGGGGUGGAGGGCCCCUCCCGAAGCAAGUUGGAGAUCAUUUGACAAAAAACGGCGUGACCAUUCAUAGUCAGUAUGGAUGCUCGGAAGGUGGAGUCAUGAACACUGUGCUUCCUGCGCAUUCCAGAAGUGACGACUGGGAGUACUUUAUGAUCUCGCCACACUGUCAGCCUACAUUUAUACCUCAAGAAGACGGCACAUUUGAGCUUGUCUUGAUCGACCACCCCUCGCAUCACCCAGUCGUCCUGAACACUAAAGUUAACGGCCAAGAUGCCUACGCCACAUCGGACCUGUUGAUGCCACACCCUACCAAGCCAGGCCUCUGGAAGAUUUUCGGUAGAAAAGACGACCAAAUCAUGCUCUCGACCGGAGAGAAGACGAACCCUGGUCCUCUCGAGGGCAUCCUGAACCAAGAUCCGCAUAUUCAGGGCAGCGUCAUGUUCGGUCGUGGGAGGUUCCAGAACGGUGUCAUCAUCGACCCGAAACCUCAGUUUGCUUUUGAUCCCGCGGAUAAGCAGAAGCUAGAAGAGUUCAGAAAUGCUAUCUGGCCGACGGUGGAGAGGAUGAACAACUACGCGCCACAACACUCUCGUUUGUUCAAGGAAAUGAUCAUGGUUGCAUUGCCCUCCAAACCCUUCGUCUAUACCGCAAAAAUGACCACCAGACGUCAGGCCAUCAUUAAAGACUACGAGGCUGAGAUCAAUACACUGUACACCGAGAUUGAAGAAUCAUCACAGGUCGACCUGGCCGCUCCAGCCGAAUGGUCUCCCUUCGAAACUCUGGACUUCGUCCGACAGGCUGUGGCUCUUACUCUGAAAGGCUCUGCAUCGGAUGACGCCGAUUUGUUCCAGUGCGGCUGCGAUAGUUUGCAAGCGACUUGGAUCAGAAACUCCAUCCUUCGCGCUCUUCGUGAUAGUGUACCGGAAGUGGCCAAACGUCUUCCCACAAGCUUCGUCUACGACUACCCCACGAUCAACCAAAUGACUUCCUACAUCUGUCGUGCAGUACUCAAUCCUCAUCUCGACCAACGCGUUGACCUCGCCACCCGGGGCGCCGAACUCCAAGCCAUCGUCAACAAAUAUACCUCCGAUUUCCCCGCGCAUAGUCCGGCUUCAGGCUUCUCUGCACCUCCGGGUGAAGUUUACUUCAUCACUGGGACUACGGGUGGUUUGGGGUCAAAUACUUUGGCACAGCUGUUGGAGAAAGAAAGCGUGGUGAAGGUUUAUGCGUUCAAUAGGCCUUCCAGAGGAGCGAGUUCGUUGGAAAGGCAGAGGGAGGCGUUUGUGAAGAGGGGUUUGGAUGUGAAGCUUUUGGAGUCGGGGAAGGUGGUGUUCGUGGAGGGUGAGUUGAGCGAGCCGAUGUUUGGCACAAGUGAGGAGUCGUACGAGGAGAUGAAGACUUCGGUGACGCACAUUGUGCAUAGUGCGUGGCGCAUCAACCUGAACAUGUCGCUUAUGUCGUUUGAAAGCAAUGUGGUCGGCGUGAGGAAGUUGAUUGACUUCUCGUUGUCGUCACCACGAGCGGAGCCUCCGCGUCUCGUUUUCGUCUCCUCCAUCGCAGUCUUCAUUCACUUCGACAACAAGGGCUCUGUGGCGGAGGAGAUCCUCCAAGAUUCCAAAAUUGCCGUUGGAACAGGCUAUUCAGAAUCCAAAUGGAUCGCUGAGCGUAUCCUGGAUCAUGCUGCCGAGAAAACAGCACUCCAACCCGUCGUUGUCCGUCUCGGCCAAGUCUGCGGGGACGUCACCGGCUCGUGGAACGAGACAGAGUGGUUCCCCUCGCUCGUCAAGUCUGCUCUCUCCGUGAAAUGCUUGCCUGACCUCGAAGGCACUGUUGCAUGGAUCACAGCAGACAACGCCGCCUCCGCGCUCAUCGAGAUGGGUGAAUCAUCUUUCCAAACCCUUCACAUUGUCCACCCCCGUGGCGUGCCCUACACCUCCCUCAUCACACCGAUCGCCAAACAAUUCGAAGUUCCACUCGUCUCCUACCACGAUUGGGUCCAAGCCCUUGAGAACGAUCUUGUAGACACCUCUAUCUCUGAGGUCGAACACCUGGAACGCAAUCCUGCACUGCGUCUGCUUGAUUUCUUCCGUGCGGCGAGGGUCGGACCGGAGUGGGAGCCUGUGGCGGUGGCGAGGUUGAGUACGGAGAAGGCGGUUCAGGUUUCAGAGACCUUGAGGGAGAAAGCACCGCAGCUUGGCGAGGCGAAUGUGAAGAAAUGGCUGAGGGCUUGGAGGGCGAUUGGGUUCUUACCCUGA